AGUACAUUCCUUAUUGGGGCUAGGUACAUUCCCAACGAGAGCGCUGAUUAGCAAGCCAGUUACAUAUGAAUGCCUAUGCAGUUUUCCCAUUUGAAAUACAGUGUUAUACUGCUUAAACUAAUACUAUUAGCUACUUAUACUGCGAUUCUAUUCUAAAACUAUUUCUGUGUUCAGUCAGAUUUAACCUUGGAACCACAAACUGGACCGUUCAAUGCAUGCGUGUUUACUAGCUACGCCAUUUCCGUAACUAACAGUUAGCUAGCUAGCCUGGUUUAUAAUCAGUUAGGCUGUCUGGUCAACUAUAUUGGCAACAUACGUUGUUAAAAUAAAUAAAUAAAAAUAAAGUUACUGGCUGUAGAGAUGUCGUCAGCGUGUGGCAAUGGUGACAUUAAUGGGAAAGGUGCAGAAUGUCCUCAGCCUUUGGACAAGGAGCAUCCCAGGUUGUUGAUCCCUGAGCUCUGUAGACUUUUCUAUCAGCUGGGAUGGGUGACGGGAACAGGUGGAGGAAUAAGCCUGAGGCAUGGAGACCAUAUUUAUAUUGCGCCCUCUGGCGUCCAGAAGGAGAGGAUACAGCCAGAGGACAUGUUUGUGUGUGACGUAGAGGAGAGGGAUCUCAGCUGCCCACCACCCUGGAAGAAGCUCAAAAAGAGCCAGUGCACCCCCCUUUUCAUGAAUGCCUACACUAUGAGAGCGGCUCAGGCGGUGAUACAUACACAUUCCAAGGCUGCGGUCAUGGCAACCCUGAUGUUUCCUGGCAAGGAGUUCUGUAUCACCCACCAGGAGAUGAUAAAGGGAAUUCGCAAAGGUACCUCUGGCACAAACUACAGGUAUGAUGAUACUCUAGUGGUGCCGAUCAUUGAGAACACACCUGAAGAGAAGGACCUGAAGGAACGCAUGGCUCAGGCCAUGGAGGAGUACCCAGACUCCUGUGCAGUCCUGGUUCGUCGCCAUGGGGUCUAUGUCUGGGGGGAGUCAUGGGAAAAGGCCAAGGCCAUGUGUGAGUGCUAUGAUUACUUGUUUGAUAUUGCUGUUCAAAUGAAGCAGUGUGGCUUGGACCCCACGUCACUUCCAACAGAAGACAAAGGAAUCCUUUGAAAUGCCAUAAACGCUGGAUGUUUUUUUUCUGGGAAGACUAGGGUUAAAGAAAAUAUCACAUGUCUGUUUUGCAUGUGUACUCAGUGCUUUUAAUAUAAACAUUUUAACUAAAAGCCUUUGGAACUCACUACAGAUGCCGGAUAAUUAAGUACUGGCAAAAUUUGAGCAUGUACAAAGACAGACUUCACAAAGACCACUGAUUUACAUGCAAAAAUAAGCUCGACAACAGUGUGAGAAACCCCCUCAACUUUUAAAGGUGGAACCUAACACUAUUAGACUUAGAGGUACCCUGGUGUUUGUGUUAUUGACAUAAACACUGAUGUAAGAAACUUCUUUUUGUGAUUGAAUGUGUUAGUAUAAACCUAACAAUAUAUACACAGACCAGUUGGAGUGUAGAAUGCAAAAAAAAAAAAAAACCCAUGAGAAUAAACCUCAAACACAAAACAAGAUGACAUACAAGAAACACACACCACACCCCCUCCCCACCCCAACUGUUGUAGUGCACUAUUUGGCCACUAGAGUGAGUAACAUCCCAGGUAUGAAAAGAGAAUGUGUUGAACUCGUAAAAGUAUGUAAACAAAAAAAAAAAAAAAAAAUUUGAAAUUGCAUCUGUAAACUGGUUCUCAUUACUGUCUGUUACUAAUGUACCUCACUAGGCUUGUCAUUUCUGUGAUGCACAAACAGUUGAGAAAUGUAUUUAUAAUCUGUUUGCAGAUAAUUCAUCUUGGGAGAAAAUAUAGAAUGUGCUAAAUGUAGCUAGUAUGCAGUAAGCUUGAAACAUGCUUAAAAUUCAAAUAAGUUUUGGAUACUGAUAAAUUAUUUGAAAAGAGAUUAAUUUUUAGACAUAGCCACCAAAUGGUAAACAAGACACAUAUUUGAAUGACAGAUAUUUUUCAAUGUUAGAGUACUUGUGCCAAAUAAAGAUACUUUGACAGUGGUAA